ACAGCGAGUCGGAGCCGGGCUGCGUGCGGGUGUGAUUCGGUGCUCGGCGGGAAGAGCAGCGGUCGAGCAGGGAGAGUUCCGGUGGCCGCUCGCCUUGUUCAUGCUCUAGCCAUGGGGGCCUGCAGCGUUAGCGGCCGCGGGGCCGGGGUCCUAACAAGCCUCCUCCUUCUCCUGCUGCUAGCGGCGGCCGGCGGGCUCCGGGCUCGGGAGGACCCUCCUGUCACGGGCCGGACUCUGAAGGCGGUGGCGGGAUGGGAGGCGGCCGGAGCCGGCGUGGAUGCGGUGGUAGAGGAUGACGAGCCCGAGGAGAGUGAGCCGAGCGGAGAGGAGAUGCCCCGAUCCCUGGUUGUUAUUAGCUUGAUGGAUGGGCGCAUUGUGGCUUUGGAUCCAGAGAAUCGUGGGAGGAAGCGCUGGGAGCUGGAUGUUGGUGCUGGAUCUUUAGUUUCAGCCAGUCUCAGCAAGCCUGAGGUUUUUGGAAACAAAGUAAUAAUUCCGUCUUUGGAUGGGCACCUUUUCCAAUGGGACCGAGACAGGGAAAGCAUGGAGGCAGUUCCGUUUACGGUGGAGUCUCUCCUGGAAUCUUCCUACCGACUUGGCGAUGAUGUAGUCUUGGUUGGAGGGAAAUCGCGGACAACCUACGGGUUGGAUGCCGCCACUGGAAAGAUGCGGUACGUCUGUUCCACAGGGGGUUGCAGCCACUGGGACGAUGAGACAACUGACCAGGGAUCUGGUCUGUUGCUGCUGCAGCGCACGCAGAAGACGGUCAGAGCUGUGGGACCUCGAUCUGGUGCUGAGAAAUGGAACUUCAGUGUUGGUCACUACGACCUGAGGUUUAUUCAGGAUGUCACUUCCACCAUCAACUACAUUGAAAGUGAUUCCAACACCAACCACCGGAGCAGUCGAUCUAAAGACUUGUCAGAUGUGGGACAGGACAACACCAUCAAAGACCGCGUGAUAAAAGUCUAUGUUUCAGACUGGAAGGUGAUGUCCUUCAGUAAUAAGCGAGGUGGACAACUGGAAUGGGAGCAUCAGUUCUGUGCUCCGGUUGCUUCGGCCUGGUUGGUGGAGAAUGGAAAAGUGACCCCGGUGAGCCUCUUCGAUGACGCCAGCUACGCAGAUGGCCACGGCAGUGCAGUGGAUGUUGAGGAGGAUAUUGUGGAGGCAGCAAGGGGCGCAGCUGAAUCAGCAGAGUCCAGUGUCUAUCUGGGUAUGUACAAGGGGCAGCUGUACAUGCAGUCAUCUGUUCGAUUGUCAGACAGAUUCCCAAUGAUGAUGCCGAACAGUGAAGAAAGUGGGAACACUAACAUCAUCUCUUUGCCUAACGUUAGGUGGAAGCCUCUAAUUCAUUCACCUGCUAGAACGCCAGCAUUGAUCCGGUCCGAUGAACAUGCUAAAUGCCUCAGCAAUGAUAAGCAUUCACACGAGGAAUACAGUCUUGGAGCUUUGUCAAUAUUGCAGUAUCCCUAUGACAAUGGAUUUUAUUUGCCUUACUAUGGGAAGGAGCGAAACAAGCGUCACACCCAGAUUUCCGUCAGACUCUUCGACCCCUCGAGGGCAAAGAAGGCAGCCCCAAGGAAAGACCCCGUCCUGCUGCUGGAGUGGUGGGGGGAAAUAGCAGGCACCAUCCUCUUCUGCGUCCUUGCAACCACCUACGUCGUUCGUAAGCUUGUCCUGCACCCGUCUUCAACUGCACAAAGGAGGGACUCUGAGCUGCCAUAUCAAAGUGAAAGUGUGAGUGAUGCCACUGCAGAAGCAACAAAGGUUGAGCUGGCAAACUCCUCUGGGGUUUUUGAAUACGUGUCCAGAUGUCUUACUGACUUUGAAUUGGUUCAGUGCCUUGGUCGCGGUGGGUUUGGAGUAGUGUUUGAGGCAAAAAACAAAGUUGACGACUGUAACUACGCCAUAAAGAGGAUUCGACUCCCAAAUCGUGAUCAAGCACGGGAGAAGGUCAUGCGGGAAGUGAAGGCACUGGCUAAGCUGGAGCAUCCAGGCAUCGUCCGCUAUUUCAACGCCUGGCUGGAAGCACCACCUGAGGGCUGGCAGGAGGAGAUGGAUCGGCAGCUGCUGAAAGACGAAGGCACUGAGUGGCCAGGCAGCUCUCCAGACGUGCCCUCCAUGAACCAGCUGAAGCCUCCAGCUGUGGAACACUGCGCAGAGAGUUCGGCACCUUCGGUGCAUUUCAGUUCCUACGCUGCGAUUGGUGCGAGCAAGCCGCCUUCAUCUGAGCUGUGCAUGCGUCUGGACUUCUCCACGGAUGCCACCCAGCGGGACCAGAGUGGCCUCCUGUCCGAGAGCGAAACCAAGGGAAAUUCCAACACGGCACAUUCCUCUGAAUUAUUCCCUACGGCUCGUGGUGAAGCCAAGGGCGAGGACAAGACCACAUCCUUUGAUGUAGUGUUUGAAGAUUCCAGCCAUUUCAGGCUCUCUGAGUCGGGCUGUGAGCCAUCGUCUCACAGUAAAGGCUGCAGUGGGAGGCAACCCACUGCCUCUUGGGUGGAGAUAAACAGUGGAUCUGAGAGUCUGCACCCUGACUGUGAUGUAUCGUGCUCUCCGCCGAGACCCACCUUCCUCAAUCUGGGUGCGUCCCAAGGAGUGGAAGAGAAAGUGAAACAACAGAGCUCUCCCAAGGUUUACUUGUACAUUCAGAUGCAGCUCUGUCGGAAAGAGACGCUGAAGGACUGGAUGAAUGGUCGCUGUCGCAUGGAGGACCGGGACCGAACCGAGUGUCUCAGGAUAUUUUUACAAAUGGCUGAUGCUGUCUGCUUUUUGCACAGCAAGGGACUAAUGCACAGGGAUCUUAAGCCUUCAAAUAUUUUCUUUACAUUGGAUGAUGUGGUGAAAGUGGGUGACUUUGGGCUGGUGACGGCAAUGGACCAAGAGGAAGAGGAGGGGUCCAUACUUACACCAAUGCCAGUGUAUGCCAGGCACACUGGGCAAGUGGGCACGAAACUCUAUAUGAGUCCAGAGCAGAUAUCUGGAAACACUUACUCUCAUAAAGUUGACAUCUUUUCCUUGGGCCUCAUCCUGUUUGAGUUGCUGUAUCCUUUCAGUACACAGAUGGAGAGAAUCCAGACAUUAACGGAAGUUCGGGAUUUGAAGUUUCCUCCUUUAUUUCUGGAGGAAUAUCUUCAGGAGCAUGAAAUGGUGCAGAAAAUGCUCUCUCCUGAACCUGGGGAGCGCCCGGAGGCCGCAGACAUCAUUGGCAGCCCUCUCUUCGAGGGCUUUGACCUUCCAGAAAAGCAGCUGCUGAGGCAGAGGUCGCGGACACUGAGUUCCAGUGGAGCCAAGGCUUUGAGAGGAUCGGUCUCCUAGCAGCGAGACGUCAGCCCGGCUGACUUGCAGGCUCUUGAUCCGUGAUACCUUCCACUUCAUCCAGCUGUCGGCAGUCCAAACCUGCGAACGUGUGUGAGAAAGCUUUGCAAAAGCUUUAAGGCCUAGAGGUGGGCUGUUAUGCUUACACACUGAAACUCAAGUGUAUCUUAGAAAUGGAUCUGAAGCGUAUGGAUAAUGCUAUGUGAAUCAGGGACUCGGUUUGCAUUCAGUGCUCUGCUCCUGCGCAAGCUUCAGUUCAUUCACAAAUCCACUGGCUCUUUUUCUACAUGCAGGAGUAUAUCAAAGCAGGUGCAUGCACACUGGAGGUAAGUGCAAACUGAAGUUUUCUCCCACUUGGAGAGCUCUCCGUUGCUGAGUAAGCAGGACCCUGUGUUCGCAUCUACCACUCCUCCGUGUUGUUCUCGUCUCUGAGCACAACCAUACAAAACCCUGACACCAGGAAGCUCAAGCGACCCUGCCACCUGUGACGUAAAACAGAAAAGACUAGAAUUACUUAGCAGGUAAGGCAGCAUCCGCAGAGAGAGGAAAAACAAAGCUGCCAUUCACGAUUUGAAGUGCAGCUUGCCUCAUCUAUCUGCUUGCUGUUUGUUCCCAAUGCGUAGAGUUAGAAUGCCCGCAAUGAUAUGAAGAUUCAACUAAAGGUGUUGAUGAGGCUGAAUGUUACCCAGACUUCACUUAAACUGGUUAAAGACAAUCUGAAGUAUUUUUAAACUGUAUUUGUUUUGCUGUGCAAGCUAUAGAAUGAAAGAAAACUUUUAAGAUUCUUAAUGAUGUAGAAUAAAAUGUCUUUACAUAUAAACAUUUUGUUAAGGUGACUCAAUUGUCUGUUCUUUAGACAAAUCCCUUGGAUUUUUGACCAAUGACAAAAUGGGUAAAAUUAUCUGACAAUGGCUUAAUCUCAAAAGCAUUGCUCUGUGAAUGAGACCCUGCGGAGUGGUGGCCAGGACCUGCGUUUGGCCGCAGAGUCCAGGAUCAGACCCACAGGCAAAGUCAAGUACUCAAUAGGACAGGCAGCUAACCCAUGCAGAGAGCAUGUGCUGUAAUGUAUCUGCUGUAUAUGCCGCUCACUGUGUUUGCUCCAUGAUCGGACCUGUACCUGUUCAGUGUUUCUGCUCCUGACUUACAGCAUUGUAUUUUAAUUUUAUGCGGUCAGUGUAUUGUACCUUCAUGCUUUCCCCUGUGAUUUCUGGUCCCGAUUGCAACUGUGCGUGUGUGGCUGUCUCGCAUAAAUACUGAUUCAUUGCAGUGCUGAGGUUAAACUUAAUAUUUACCUGUAUUUUGCUGCAGCUCCUGACCUUUGGUUGGUCGAUUUGCCUUUGCAAAGUCCCCACCUUUACAUUGCUUUCAAGAUCACAGAGGCCGUGAAUUUCUCUAGGUUUAGCUUUCAUUAGAGAGACAGGAGUGGCGAAGGAUUUUAACUUGUUGCUGACCAUUCGUACUGUGCUGGGAUAAUGUGGAUAAACUGCGGCAUUGAAUGAGGAGGCUGCUGCAUGGGCUUCCCUCCUCAAAUCUGCUUGCCUUGUGCUGUCCACUUUGCUAGCACUCUUGCACAGACCGCUGUAUUCUUGGGUCCAUCACAUCUGAGAGUACAUCUAGAUCAUUAUCUUAAUGAUACAAAACAAUUUUCCAUCACAUCCAAGAAGCUUAACCCCUUAAAAAUGCACUUUUACUUGUGAAACUUGUUUAUGUUGUAUUAAUUUUGUCUUCCUUGUGAGUGUAAUGGACCAGCUCCCCUUCUGAGUUGUAUGCCUGUGUUGGCAUCAUGCACCUUUUGGUGGGAGUUUUAUGUUGGUGGGGGGGACAUUCCUGUAUUCAUUAGUCUUCUGGUGACAGACUGACAAGUAUACUGGAGUGUUAUACAUAUCCUCUUUCUCCCUGUGCUUCCUUAAUUUUUGUCAACAUGGCCAGUAACCUGUUCUAAGCUAGGUUUAAAAUAAACAUGCUUUGUAGAGAUUUUAUUUUUAUUUUGAAAAAGGCAAUUAUGGUCAAUAUCUGCUAUUGAUACCGAGUGCAUGGUCGUCUAUUUUAGAAUAGGUUACCUGAAGGAUGGGGUUAGUUAUUGGAUAACUGCGCUGAAGUCUUGCCUCUUUCUGUCUGUCUGUUCAUUAAGUUUCUGCUACGUAAAUGUGGUUAAUGUCUUGGUUCAAAAAGAAGAAAUCAACUAAUGUAAUUAUGUACAGAAUUAAUCCAUAAUUGUUGCAGUAAUUUUAUAUUAUAAUUGUACUAUGAUGGAAAAUUCCUGGAUAAAUGCAACUGGAGGGUUUUAGAUUUUUUGGCUUGUACAGUGUAAAAACUGUAAUAGUUUAUCAAUCCAUUUGGGUUGCUGGCACUAGGAAUGAAUUCCUUGCAAUAAUUGGUGAGUUGCAACAUUGUGACGUCCUACAAGUCGAAGAUUCAAUAAACUCUUGAACUACGUCUAUGAUUUUGUAUUUACUGAAUCUGAUGGGAAGAAAACUGAUCUGUGAAUUUAAUGAUAUUUACUCUUUGCCACAGGCAUGAAUUUAGAGCACAUCUGGAUUCUGGAGGAUCGCAAGUUUUAUGCACAAUCUAUAAUUGUGACAUUCCUAAUCUGGGCUUGUUUUCUCAAUGACUGAGUCUAAGUGUAUUAAGAGCAAAAGGGUAACUAGGGGGAGAAUAGGACCCAUGAGGAUCAGUGUGGUCAUCUAGGUAUUGAACUGUGGAAGAUGACCAUAAGAUACAGGAGCAGAAGCAGACCAUUUAGCCCAUCGAGUCUUCUCCGCCAUUCAAUCAUGGGCUGAUCCAAUUCUUCCAGUCAUCCCCCACCCCCCUGCUUUCACCCCAUACCCUUUGAUGCCCUGGCUAAUCAAGAACCUAUCUCUGCCUUAAAUACAUCCAAUGACUUGGCCUCCACAGCCGCUCAUGGCAACAAAUUCCACAGAUUUACCACCCACUAACUAAAGUAAUUUCUCUGCAUCUCAGUUCUAAAAGGACGUCCUUCAAUCCUGAAGUCAUGCCCUCUUGUCCUAGAGUCCCCUACCACGGGAAAUAAAUUUGCCAAGAUGGGUGAGGUCUAAAUGAAUUUUCCAUGGAGCAGGACAUAAAGCUAGUGACUUCUAUACUAAAUAUAGAAGCUGUCAUAAGUUGUUUUGUUUUUAGUUUAAAGUAGAUUCAGUACUAUCUUUAAUUCCCCUUGUAAUUUAUAAGAUAGAUGUAUGAGCAAAAUUAGACCAUUUGAUCCAUCAAGUCUGCUCUGAUUUUCCAAUCAUGACUGAUUUUUUUUUUGCCAAUCCUAAUUCUCACCUUCUCCUCAAAACCUUACCAAAUGAGAAUUUAUCACUCUCUGCCUGUCCAUCAUUAAGGAUCCCCACCACCCAGGGCAUACCCUUUUCUCACUGUUACCCUCAGGAAAAGGGUACAAGAGCUGGAAGGGACACACACUCAACGAUUCAGGAACAACUUCUUUCCCUCUGCCUUCGAUUUCUGAAAGGACAUUGAAACCAUGAAUACUACCUCACUGCUUUUUAAAUUUCUGUUCUUGUAUUACUUAUUUAAUUGUGCUAUUUAAUAUACACAUAUAUACUUUAAUUCAGUUUUUAUAUAUAUUAUGUAUUGCAUUGUACUGCUGCUGCAAAGUUAACAAAUUUCACAACGCAUGCCAGUGAUAUUAAACCUGAUUCUAAUUCAGAUCACUCCUAAAACUAAGGGAGGCAGACUCCAUUGACAUUUUUAAAUGCCAGUUCAAAACCUAUUUAUUUAACCUUGCUGUUAACAUCAAUGUCUUUUUAUUUUUAUCUUUGAACUUUAUCUCAUUGUAAAGCACUUUGAACUACAUUGUUUGUAUGAAAUGUGCUCUGUAAAUAAGUUUUUUAAAAUCUUAUUGUUGUCUUUUGUGCCAAACAUGCUGGUCAUUGUCCAACUGAUCCUUAAGGCAAGGAGGGACGACUCUGCAAUAGAAUGAUUCUCGCUUGCUGAGCAAAUUAAUCAAACUGGGGUUUAUUCACUGGUGCCAAAAAUUAAGCUGGUCAAGAUGUGGGCCUGCACCUUCCAGCUUCUCAUUGCUGCUCUGACUGUUUUAAGAUGGAACAUCUUUUAGAUCAGGGAGUUCCCAACAAGGUUGGGUUCUUUGGGAAAAGUUUUAAUCGGUCUUGAAAUCCUGGUCGCUUAAAUCUGUUACCAUGAAGCCUCACCCAGCCUCCCCGCCUGUUUGGUUAGUUUUCAUUUGUGUGUGGGGUGUGUCCAGGAUGAGGGUCGGUGUGCAUGCAAACAGCUGCUUUGGUUGCCGUUCUCCAAACGCUGCAGCAUCUUCAUAGUCACAGAAGCAUACAGCACCGAACUGUGCCCCUUUUGGCUGCCCAGUCUUCGCAGAGCCUGAUGCAUAUCUGUGGUAAUUCCAUUCACCCACAUAGGCACGUCCCUCUGCCUUUCUUAUCCAAGUUUCUGUCCAACCGUGCUCUGAACAUUGUGAUCUUACACCUGUCUGGUCUCCUUUGACUUUGAGGAGAGUGUUGAAACUUUUACUUUCUUGGUGUCAACAAGCUGAGUUUUGGGAUGAGUAGCAGGGAGGGAGGGGCAAAACUUGUGGGGAUCUCCAAAUGUAAGGCGACUGCAAAAUGUCUUAAUGGUGAGAUCGCAUUGAAAUAAUGGUGAUGUGUUCUUCCCUCAGCGCAGUGAGGCCGCUGAUUAAUUUAGCCACCUCUCCUGCAAGUGCCACCGUCCCCACUUCAGUUGAGCCACUGUCCGUAAGAAGUUUGUACUGUCACCAUGUGGAUUUCCUCCUACAUUCCAGAGAUGUUAGGGUUAGUAAGUUGUCGACAUGCUCUGUUGGUGCUGGAAACAUGGCAGCAUUUAAAGGCUGCUUUCGGCACAUCUUCAGACUGUUGGUUAUUGAUUCAAACAAAGCAUUUCACUGUAUGCUUCAAUGUAAAUGUGACAACUAA